CUUUUCCGCCAUGUUUCUUUUUCUUCAUCUCGUGUGACGUCAGGGUUUGUCGCUCGUUUUUUUUUUUGCUGGAAACGAUUGUCUCUGUUCUGCGCCACUCUUUUACCUCAUCGGAGAGGAAAGCUCGCGCAGAUAUUUUAAGAUGUCUAACGGUUAUGAAGAUCACAUGGAUGAUGUAUGCAGGGAGGAUAAUGGUAGAACUAACUUAAUUGUUAACUACCUACCUCAGAAUAUGACACAAGAUGAGUUGCGCAGCCUUUUCAGCAGCAUUGGUGAGGUGGAGUCUGCAAAGCUAAUUCGAGAUAAAGUUGCAGAUGUUAAUUCCUUAAGGGAACCUGAAGGAAGGCACAGCUUAGGAUAUGGCUUUGUGAAUUACUUAAAUGCUAAAGACGCAGAAAGAGCAAUAAACACACUUAAUGGAUUGAGACUGCAAUCAAAAACCAUAAAGGUGUCCUUUGCCCGUCCAAGCUCAGAAAAUAUUAAGGAUGCAAAUUUAUAUAUCAGCGGUCUCCCAAGGACAAUCACACAGAAAGAUGUUGAAGAUAUGUUUUCAGGAUUUGGGCGUAUCAUCAAUUCUCGAGUGCUUGUUGAUCAGGCUACUGGUUUAUCUCGUGGAGUUGCAUUUAUAAGAUUUGACAAACGAUCUGAAGCGGAAGAGGCAAUUGCAAGCUUCAAUGGCCACAAACCACCAGGUGCAUCAGAACCCAUAACAGUGAAGUUUGCUGCUAAUCCAAACCAGAACAAGAACAUGGCACUGCUUUCCCAGCUCUGUCACUCUCCAGCACGGCGAUUUGGAGGACCAGUUCAUCAUCAAGCUCAGAGAUUUAGAACUGUACUUGCUUGCCAAUGUGUGGUACCCCCCUACAAUAAAUAUUCUCUAUAUAGGGAGUUUUUCUCUCCUGGGUACAAAAAUAUCCCUGAUGAAGAAGCGAUAUAUGUAAAGUUCAAAAUGCGUUGAUGGGGCAGUGACAAGUUGGAGACGGAUUGUUAUAUUUUCUUGGUGGUAAAAUAUCCCUGAUGCAGAAGCUAUAUGUAAAGAUUGAAACGCUUUGGAUUUCCACUCCAUCCAAACAAGAUAAAACUCUGCUUUUAUACAGGAAAGAAUGGUCUUUGGGAGUUCCAACCAACUAACACCCAGUAUAUAAAUUUUGAUUCAAUUUUGUUUGUUUAAAUAUAAAAAUAUAUUAUAAAAUGGCUUUUUUUUUUUUUCCUUUUUUUUUUUUUUUUUAGAAGUGAUCACAUUCCCUCUGCUCUUAGCUUCAUAAGAACUGGGGGAAGUAGAAGCAGCAGCACACUGAGCUUCCUAGUAAAGGGCUAUGCAGCGGGUGCGUGUCAGGACAAGUCUGAUUAUUGGAGCGCACACAGAGUUUCCAGCAUAGCUAGAGAACUGAUCACGCUAUGUUCUACUUAGUGUGGUCAGUUUUUAAUAGGAAAGCAGAGGGAACACCAGGGAUUUCCCAAAAGGGAAGCUUCCAACGAAAACAGGAUAGUUUCUCAUACAAGUAAAUGGUACUGCAAGCACAUAUCCGGAAUAUGACAUUUUGGGAUAACAAACGCUUUAAUAAAUCUUAAUAAGCAUGAA